AUGGCCGAGGAGGCGAUGGCGAGCUAUCUCUACGCCACCUACCACCCCUACUCCUACCGCUACCCACCGCCCAAGGGCAAAGGAGGGGUGGCGGGCGGCUGGCGGCCGCGGGGCAGCAGCAGCAGCAACUACUUCUCGGGCUACGGGGAGGCGGCCGCCGAGUACUUCGACAACUAUCAGCGGGCGCAGCUGAAGGCCAUCCUCUCCCAGGUCAACCCCAACCUGACGCCGCGGCUCCGCAAGGCCAACACCAAGGAGGUGGGCGUCCAGGUGAACCCGCGGCAGGACGCCUCGGUGCAGUGCUCGCUCGGGCCCCGCACGCUGCUGCGCCGCCGCCCCGGUCCCGCCGCGCCGCGGCCCCGUGAGGCGGAGCGAGAGCAGGAGCUGGGCAGCCCCGCCACCACCAGCACCCGCGCCGUGCGCUUCCCCCGCACCAUCGCCGUCUACUCGCCCGUGGCGUCCCGCAGACUCACCGCCUUCCUGGAGGAGCCGAGCCCGGAGCCGGAGGGGCGGCCGCAGCAACAGGAGAAGGCGGCGGCCGUCGAGGAGGAGGCGGCCGCGCUGCGGGAGCAGCGGGCGGCGGAGGCGGCUGCCGUGCGGGCGAGCUGGGAGAAGCCCCCCGAGGGCGGCGCCGAGCCGCUCGGGCAGCGCUCGGCCGCCCCCGCGGAGCCGGCGACGGAGGCAAGGCAGGAGGAGCCGGCAGAGCCGCCGGCCCCGGCAGAGCCGCCGGCCCCGGCAGAGCCGCCGGCCUCGCCCCAGAAGCAGCAGCCGUCGACGGGCAAGACCCGCCUGCGCUUCCAGUUCCUGGAGCAGAAGUACGGGUACUACCACUGCAAGGCCUGCAACAUCCGCUGGGAAAGCGCCUACGUCUGGUGCGUCCAGGGCACCAACAAGGUCUAUUUCCGUCAGUUCUGCCGGACCUGCCAGAAGUCCUACAACCCGUACCGCGUGGAGGACAUCACCUGCCAGAGCUGCAAGCAGACGCGGUGCACCUGCCCCGUGAAGAUGCGCCACGUGGAUCCCAAGAGGCCACACCGCCAGGACCUCUGUGGGAGAUGCAAAGGGAAGCGCCUCUCCUGCGAUAGCACAUUCAGUUUCAAAUACAUCAUCUGAGUUGGGAUGGGGUUCUUUGUUUUUGUUUAGGGCUCUUCAAGAAAACUGCAAGUCGAGCAGACUUUUUUUUGUUGUCUUUGUGGGUGUUGUUGAAGGUACUUGGCGAGAUGUAGCUAGGAAAGCAUGAAAAUAAAAGUAUUGCA